AUGUCCUCGAGCUACGCGCCGCCCUCCCACGAUGGCGGUGUUGUGAAUUUGGCCAGUGGCGGCAGGAGUGCCGAGGCCGACUCCUCAACGUCACAGCCGCAGCAACCACAACAACGACCACAACCGCAAUUGCCGGGAGUUUCACCUCUCCAUGCUAUUGCGACCAGUGCGACGCAGCACCAGCAGCAAUACCAAAACCACCAACGUCGAGCAUCGCAACCCGAAGUCCACUCCAAUCCCCGCCAGCCUGUGCAAUCCCAGGGUCUCCACUCCCCAGUGACGCCCAGAUAUGAGUCCUCGGCGCAAUCGGCUGUGGCUUCGGCGCAGCAUACCCUUCAAAUCCUUCAAGCUGCUAGCGCGACGUCAACCACAGCUCCCGAGACUACUCCGCUGCCAGCUAUACAGGACACGGGCAUUUCCCAACAGCCUCGCGAGCAGCACCACUACCCACAGUUAGCCCCAAUAUCGCAUGGGUUUGAGCAACAUCAGCAUUCCUCAUACCCCGCCACAAGCCCUGACGGCCAGGCUACAUCAGGCUACGAUGGUUUGCCAUAUUCACCAACAGCGCCGUCGCCCGGCAGUGCCGCUGGUCCUUCACCUCCGGCCGGGGCCACAAUGCCCGCAAAGCAGACGCGCCUGCGACGGGCGUGCGAUAUGUGCAGCGCGCGCAAGGUCAAGUGCGAUGAAGCCGGCCCGCCGUGUAAGCCGUGCAGCUCGUUGAACGUGGAGUGUACCUAUAGACGAGAAAUGAAACGUCGUGGACCACCCAACAAACACGCCGAAGCAGCCAGAGCCAAACGUGCCCGCCUUGAACCCAACCCAGGCUGGAACAACUCGCCGGAGACACCCUCUGUCGCUGCUCAGGCUAGUGCGAGUCCUGAAGUGUCGCAAAACUCCGUUCCUGGUAUAGGGGCCCAGCAAGCCAACCAAGGACAAAUACUUGAUGCAGAGUCUAUCGCUCCGUGGCCGGUGCUGGAGUUGCUCAUUGACGACUACUAUACCUACAUUCAUCCCUUGAUACCUUUUCCUCACGAGCCUACCUUCCGCCGUGCGUUCGAGAACAGAGAGGACAAAACAAAUCCAGUCUUCCUGGGCCUGCUCGCAAGCAUGAUAGGAAGCCUUGUCGCGUCGUUCCCACGGGUUGCACGACUGCAUCUCAAAUCCCAACGUGGUGCCGACCUUUUUCCUCGGGCAAUCGUGAUGAUAGAUCAUUGUCGCGACGUUGCACUAAGGGCUCGGGGCCAUAGAUUCGCCAUCAAGGAGACAUACACCAUCGAGGAUGCCGCCACAAGUUACUUGCUUGCGAUUGCCAGUGGUUACACUAUGCAGUGGAAAGGCUGUCGCCGCUUUAUGGCAGAAGCAUUGGCGAUAGUGCGGGAGCUUGGAUUCCAUCUUGGCAGGCGCAAUCCUGUUGUUUUGGGCACAGCCGCGGAUGACUAUGAGAUGACACAAGCGAGCCCAAUCAACCAUAUAGAAGAUCAGAUGGGCAAGCGAAUUUUUUGGGUUGUUAUGGUGGGCGUCAGGUCCAUGGUUCAGCUGGGAGCUUCAACUAGGGAAAUACCAUUUCCUCCCCCAACGACUGGUGAAUCUUUUCCAGGAUUCCCCGCCGAGGUCGACGAUGAGUACAUCACAGAGACUGAGAUUCGGCCGCAGCCUCCUGGUACAGUCUCGCAGAUAGCCGGAUUCAACGCCGGUAUCAGGAUAUACUCAACCAUGAAUCCGCUUGUGGCUCUUGAGUUGUCUUAUGGGAUUAGUAGUAUUUCGUUGCGGGAACAGGAGGAUCUCCUCGCCGGCUGCAUUCAGGCGGCAAAACACGCCAUCGACAACUUGCCGCCGGAACUUCGACUGAAUAUUGACCUGUCGCCUGUGCAGGAUAACCCGACAGGUUCCGACAACGGCGCCUCGGCAGUCAACUUUGACUUUUCCAAGAUCCAAGGAACGCACCGCGAUCUUUUUGAAGAUGCGCCAGGGUACCAAUAUUUCCCGCCGGCAUACCCCAACCAGCAACCGGCUAAUGACGUCAGGCAUGUCAUUGUGAACCAGCCUGAACGUCGCAGGUUGCUCCAAUGGGAGAUACAAAAGUCCAACAUAUAUGUUUCAUUACUGUCGACGCUGUCUUACUACGUAGAACGAUGCUUUACGCUUCGAGAUGCGCAUCACUCGCGGGGAAUGUAUGCAAACGGAGGCUCUGACGGCACAGCCGACCAACAUGCCGCAAACAGGCCCUCCACCACAGCCGACGGAGUUGAAAAACCCGACGAGUUUGCCAUCGAGCGCGAGCGUAUAGUGCAAAACCUGCUCGUGGUCCUCGCGUCCAUCACGCAGCGCAACAUGGAACCGAACGGGCCCUCCAUCAUCAACAAGAUUCGCCAGGUCGCCUCGACGCUCCUCGCCGACGCGCCAGAACGCAAGGGCCCAGUGGCGGUCAAGUCUGAAGCGACACUGAAGCACUUUGUCGACAUACUCAUCAGGUUGGAGAAAACAGGUGGGCCGGGUGCCAGUGGCAGACGGCCGCCCGCUUCGGCCGAAUCCUUGGAUCCCCAGCUCGGCGCCGGGGUGAUGACGCCGAUGGACGAGGAGGAAGAGUUGAGGACGUGGGCGGAUUUGCGGGAGUUUCAGCUGCGGUUUGCGCAGAACGGGGGCUUCAUGGGAGGCAUGUAA